CAGCGGCGAGGGCCGUGCGCCCGGCCCGCGGUGCCGCCCCGCCCCCGCGCCGCCGCCGCCGCGCGCCUGGCACUCGGGGAGCCGCAGCCCGCUCGCCCCCGGAGCACGCGAGGGCGCCCGCCGCAGUCCCCGCGCUGACCCGCCGCCAUGGCCCGCGGAAAAGCCAAGGAGGAGGGCAGCUGGAAGAAAUUCAUCUGGAACUCGGAGAAGAAGGAGUUCCUGGGCAGGACCGGCGGCAGCUGGUUUAAGAUCCUCCUGUUCUACGUCAUAUUUUACGGCUGCCUGGCUGGCAUCUUCAUUGGAACCAUCCAAGUGAUGCUGCUCACCAUCAGCGAGUUCAAGCCCACAUACCAGGACCGAGUGGCCCCGCCAGGAUUAACACAGGUUCCUCAGAUCCAAAAGACUGAAAUUGCCUUUCGUCCUAAUGACCCCAAGAGUUAUGAGGCAUAUGUGCUGAACAUAGUUAGAUUCCUGGAGAAGUACAAAGAUUCGGCCCAGAAGGAUGAAAUGAUUUUUGAAGAUUGUGGCAGUGUGCCCAGUGAAAUCAAAGAGCGAGGAGAGUUCAACAAUGAGCGGGGAGAGCGCAAAGUGUGCAGGUUCAAGCUCGAGUGGCUGGGCAACUGCUCCGGGGCCGGCGACGAGACCUUCGGCUACAAAGAGGGCAAGCCGUGCAUCAUCAUAAAGCUCAACCGGGUCCUGGGCUUCAGACCCAAGCCUCCCAAGAAUGAGUCCUUGGAGACUUACCCAGUGAUGAAGUACAGCCCCUUUGUCCUGCCUGUCCAGUGCACAGGCAAGCGAGAUGAAGAUAAGGAAAAAAUUGGGAGCGUGGAGUACUUUGGCCUGGGCGGCUACCCCGGCUUCCCGCUGCAGUAUUACCCCUACUACGGCAAGCUCCUGCAGCCCAGGUACCUGCAGCCCCUGCUGGCCGUCCAGUUCACCAACCUCACCAUGGACACCGAGGUUCGUAUCGAGUGCAAGGCACACGGCGAGAACAUCGGGUACAGUGAGAAAGACCGAUUCCAGGGACGCUUUGAUGUGAAAAUUGAAGUUAAGAGCUGAUCGCAAGCACAAAUCUUCCCUACUAGCCAUUUAAAAAGUUAAAAAAAGAUAACAAAAACAAAAACCUACUAGUCUUGAAUAAACUGUCAUACGUAUGGGACCUACACUUAAUCUAUAUGCUUUACACUAGCUUUCUGCAUUUAAUAGGUUAGGAUGUAAAUUUAAAGUGUAGCAAUAGCAACAAAAUAUUUAUUCUACUGUAAAUGACAAAAGAAAAAUAAAAACCGAGCCUUGGGACGUGCCCAUUUUACUGUAAAUUAUGAUUCCAUGACUGCCUUGUAGUAAGCAGUGUUUUUGGCCCCGAAGUAUUGCCGCCCUGUGUGUUCCCUGUAGUGUACAGUACUAUAGGCGCGCGCUCUGCUCAUUUCUCAAGCCAUGUUUUAUCGUUGUUUUCUACUUUACGUGAGCGAGGUUUGCUGUCUGAGGUGUAAAUAUUCAAUGAGAAUAAAACUGGCAUGGUACUUUCUUGUUUUGGUUUGGCGCUUUCCAAGAUAAUAGCCCAUCCAUGAGCAUUUUUAACACACUCCGUAGUGUCUCCCUGUGGUGUUAGGUCUUCACUGUAUUUUCUUUUCCCGGGGCUGGGGGUGGGGUGGGCUGUCACGGGGAAACUGCCCUUUGAACUUUAAGCGACACUGCAGAAGAACAGGGAAGGGUGACGGGGUGUGUUGUGCUUGUCCUGGACGCUGUCCGACAUCCCUCCGUCCUCCAGCGCGCGCGGCGGCGGCCGAGAGCUGGAUCGCCGCCCGGGCCUGUGCAGGGCCAGUCCCUUUGCUUUGUACACUUCCUUUUCUCUUCCUUUCUCCGGAGGCAUCACGUGCUGGUGCUGUGUCUUUAUGAAUGUUUUAACCAUUUUCAUGGUGGAAGAAUUUUAUAUUUAUGCAGUUGUACAAUUUUAUUUUUUUCUGCAAGAAAAAGUGUAAUGUAUGAAAUAAACCAAAGUCACUUGUUUGAAAAUAAAUCUUUAUUUUGGACUUUAUGAAAAGCAAUGCAGUGCCCCACAGACUGAUGUUAGAUGUUGUCUACAGCGGGAAUCCGUGUUCUAACAUGUAAUAAUGCCAGGAGGACCGCGCUCUUAUUGAUCUUGUACUCGGUCAGGUUAAAACAAUGGACAAUAAAAGGAUGAACACAG